AUGGUCGCACCCAGCUCUCCCCACCUUGUACUGAUCUUCCUGCCGUCCUUUUUGCUCAGCUACCUGCUGCUUUCAACCCUCCACUUACCUCAUGAUGCUGCCGCCCUUUCGUUCGACUUCGAUUUCUCCCGACCUGGUGGCUACAACCCUGCAAACUUCAGUUUCCUGGGCGACGCGUAUUUCAAUUCCCAGUUGAUUGAGCUGACAAGGAAUGACAGGAGAUCAGGCUCGGGCAACAGCCUAGGCCGGGCAUUGUACGCUCAGCCGGUACGCAUCUGGGACGAGGUCACCGGCGAGACUGCAAGUUUCACCACCACCUUCUCCAUCCAAAUUCUGCGUGACAACAUAGACAACGAUACCAGCGGCGACGGUAUGGCUUUCUUCCUCGGGCAUUACCCAUCAAUCCUCCCGGGCUUUAGCGGUGGCGAGAACCUGGGUCUCUUCAGCCCAGCCAGCAACACACAUGCUACCGGCGACGAUCGGGUGGUGGCGAUCGAGUUCGACACGUUCAUGAACAAGGACUUCGACACUAGCAAUAAUCAUAUGGGCAUUGACAUCAACUCCCUCAUCUCCAAGGCUCAUGUGAAUACCUCUGAGCCUGGCAGGACCUUGACGUCUGGAAUCAUGAUGACCUGCGGGGUCACCUACGACAACAUCACGCAGCGUCUCGCUGCUUAUCUUCAGGUUAGCGACAAGAGAUACCGCGUUGAGACAAGUGCCAACCUGAGGCAAGAGUUGCCGAGCGUGGUGUCCAUUGGCUUCUCAGCGGCCACUGGUGUGGCUGCCGAGCUACAUGAGGUAAUGGCGUGGUCAUUUACCUCCACAAUCGAUAGGCCUCCUCCACCACCGCCGCCUGUAGUACUUUCACCGGAGCCUUCACAUGCACUUCCACCUGCUGCGUUCAACUCUAAUAAGAUUCCAUGGAAAACAGUUGGACCAAUGAUAACUGGAGCAGUAGUCGCGGUAGCUGCCUGCUUGUUGGGUCUAGGAGGGUGUGUGUGGCGGCGACGCAGAAACUUUGCACAAUAUGAGAUUCCCACCCAUGUCCCCAGACAUUUCAGUUAUCAGGAGCUCGCCAAGGCCACAAGCAACUUUGCAGAUGAAAGGAAGCUCGGGGAAGGAGGCUAUUCCAUUGUUUACAGGGGCGAGCUGACAAAGCCAGUAAGCCGAUCGGUAGCGGUAAAGAAGUUCAAACCUGGAACAUCCGCCGCUCUCGGGAGGGCAGCUUUCGAUGACGAAAUCAAGGUUAUCAGUCAUGUGAGGCAAAGGAACCUUGUUGAGUUAGUAGGCUGGUGCAAUGACGGGAAUAUGCAUCACUUGUUGCUCGUUUACGAGCUUGUCUCUGAAGGAAGCCUCGACGAGCAUUUGCACGAGAGCAGGAGUUGGUUGUCAUGGCACACGAGGUAUAACAUCGUCCUCGACCUAGGCCGUGCCCUACGGUAUCUACAUGAAGACAGUGUCUUGCACGGCGACAUCAAACCCUGCAACAUAUUGCUUGAUUCACAGCAUGUCGCCAAGUUAGCGGACUUCGGGCUGGCAAGGUUUAUUGACCCAGGGGUCGAGUUAAGGACGACACGAAACGUAGCCGGGACCCUCGGGUACGUGGACCCAGAUUUCGUCGCGACGGGGAAGCGGAGCAGGGAGUCAGAUGUCUACAGCUUUGGCAUCGUUCUACUGGAGAUCGUUUCUGGGCGGCGUCCGACUGUCGUCGAUCAUCGUCAAUCCAUGGUCACCCCGUUGCUGAUGUGGAUAUGGGGGAAACACCAGAGUAACGCAAUCCUCGAAGCAGCGGAUGCAACGCUAAGAGAUGAAUCAUCAGACGCUGAUGAUCGAGACCGUAAAUAUAUGGAGCGUGUGCUACUCGUCGGGCUCUGGUGCGCGCACCCGGACCCGUGCCAACGGCCACCCAUUGAAGAAGCCAUGAGGUUCCUGCACUCUAUUGACGUGGAGAUCCCUCCUCUGGCCCCGCCAGUGUUCUUGGCUGGGCCAUUAAGUUUUGCUGCAGAUGAUGGGUCAAGUGAGGCCUCAGAUAGCAUCACUGCUGUUGAAUCUGCUAAUUGA